ACAUCGCCGUUCCGGGCCCCCACUGAUCCAACUUCUUCCUCCUCCUCCUUUCUCCCCCACUUCGCACUUGGGAAGCUCCAAGGACAGCGAAAAAUCUUUCAAUCCGCGCGCCUCCCGAGCGAAUCUCUGCUGCGCUCAAUGAGCUCCCGCUUCCGCAUCUUCCGACGCGCCUCGCCCGUCGAACGUCGCACGACCGCCUUCUAGCCGGAGAUCUCGGGGGAGGUCCCGGGAAAUCGAUGGCGUCGGAGGCGCUGGGCCGGAAGGUGUGGAGCAGCGCCGGCGGCCUGAGGCGGUUGGAGGGCGUCAGGAGCGGAGGAGAUGAGCGUCGCUUCGGCGCUCGCAGUCCGAUUCUCUCGCGGCGGCGGGCGAGUGCGGGCGAGGACAGGAUGCGCGCAGCUCCUCCGUCGUCGUCUUCUGCUCCGAGAACGAGCUCGCUCGCCCAAUCGGGAGAGAGCGCAAUUGCGUUUGGAUGGACUCGGCAUUUGCGGGCCAGAGCAGGAGGCGGUGGCGUGAUUGGGAAUAACCCGUGGGGUCGGAAGAACAUCACUGACAAGGAGUAUAUGUAUAGAACUCAUGCAACAUCGGGAGCUGAUCAAUGUUUUGGGCAUCAAAUUGUUGAUGCACUACAAUUGGGCGACAGAACCGGAGCUUCCAAUCUUCUUUCAUAUCUUGGCUAUGAGAACCAAUCACUACAGGCUGAUGAUGUAGUUCAUAUCCUUGAUUACUGUGCCAGAUCAUCAGAUGCUUCGCUUUUGGGUCGGAGCGGAACCCACCAAAUGGACUAUGGGAGAGGACAGCAUUCAAUUUGCUUAUCGGCGUUCAGUUUUGCCAUGGAAACUUGGAAAUUGAUUAAUGAGAAGAAGAUCAGCAUAGGUGAAAGAUGCCACAUUCUUACUUUGCAGGCACUUUGUAAAGCUGGUUGCUUGGCAGUGGGACUUAAUUUACUAUCUAAUCUCGGAGAAAAUCAUCAUGUGACUCAUUUCUUGGAUGCGUAUAAUUAUUUCCUAAGGGCCUGUGUUGUUGUGCAAAGUGAACUAUAUGCUGAUUGCUUAGAUCUGAUGGAGCACCGGCUUGUGGGGAAGAAUGAAGCAACUUAUUUGGAACUCCUUGAGAUUGCUGUGUGGAAGCAAAAUCUUUUUGCAGUGCAUCAUAUUUGGAAGGACUAUAGCAAGCACUACAAUUUGGGCCUUACAUCAUUAAGAAAGUUUAUUUGGUCUUUUACAAGGUUGAGAGAUCUAAAAUCUGCAUAUGAAAGUCUGCAACUUAUGGUGGCUUUGGCUACUGGAGGUACUUUAUCUAUUAGAUAUGCAGAGAGAGGUUUGCAUCCUCCAAAGCUAGAUAUUCCAAUACCUUCCAUGAGUGAACUACAGUUGGCGAGAUUUGACACGGAAGAAACUGAACAUAUCUGUGACAAAGAGGAUGGUCUUGCCCGUAACCUGGGGCUAUGCACUACUUAUGGUCCUAGAAACGAAGUCAUGUGUGUUGGAAUCGACACACCAAAUCCUAAAUAUCUUGCGCUUAAGAAUGUGCUGAGCCGAUCAUUCACAGACGUGAUAUGUACUUGUGCACUAACAAGCAACAAUAGCUUGGCAGAGCAGUUAUUUCAACAGAUGCAAAACCUAGGGUUGCAACCAUCCAGUCGUACAUACGAUGGAUUUAUCAGAGCAAUUGUUACUGAGAGAGGUUUCUCUGAUGGUUUGGAGCUGUUGAAAAUAAUGCAAAAGCAGAAACUGAAGCCAUUUGAUUCUACCCUAGCAACCAUUUCAGUGAAGUGCAGUGAAGCCUUGGAACUGGAUUUUGCUGAGGAUCUAUUGGUUCAAAUUUCUGAAUGUCCGCAUCCCUAUCCUUUUAAUGUUUUCCUUGCAGCUUGUAAUGCAAUGCAUGAAAGACCUAUGGUUUGCAUCAUGCAGGAUCAACCUGAGCGUGCAGUUCAUGUAUUGGCAAGAAUGAAACAAAUACAACUUAAACCAAAUAUCCAGACGUAUGAGCUGCUGUUUUCCUUAUUCGGUACUGUGAAUGCUCCGUAUGAAGAGGGAAAUAUGUUGUCACAGGUAGAAGCUGCAAAAAGGAUAGAAGCUAUAGAAAUGGAUAUGGCCAAAAAUGGUGUUGAGCAUAGCCUUAUCUCAUUAAAAAAUCUGCUGGCAGCUCUAGGACAAGAGGGAAUGAUAGAAAAGAUGCUACGUGUGGUAGAAAGCCGUUUUGUUUGCAGUGGGACUUCUGUGGAAGCACCAUUAUACAACGUAGUGUUGCACUCCUUGGUUGCGGCUAAAGAAGGCAGACUUGACGUACUUGAGCAUAUUGUUGAGCUAAUCCAUCAAGAGAAUUUUCAGCCUAACCCGUCAUCCUGCUGCUAUGUCUACACUGCAUAUGUGAACAAUGGAUUUUACAGCACAGCCAUCGAGGCAUUGCGAGUAUUGAGCAUGCGAAUGAUUUGUCAAGCGGAUAACCCUCCUCAAGAAAUGAUGGCUGAAUACGAGGAUUUUAUCUUCAGCGAAGACCCAGAUGCUGAGUCUUAUUUAACUGGCUUCUUUGAAAAUAAUCAGGAUGAUCUUGCCUUCGCCUUGUUGAACUUGAGAUGGUGUGCCAUUGAAGGGAUGCCAAUUGAUUGGUUGCCUGAGCAAAGCCCCUGGGCUCAAAGGCUUGCGAGAUGUACACAAGAAUGAUAUAAAUUGCUGCUCAGCUUCAUGAGUUCUCAAAUUUGUCGUCGGUGGUAUGACUACUCCGGCAGAAGGUGGGAGCCUUCUAAUGAAUCACCCUGGUACUUCAGCAAAUUUUCUUGGUUCUCUUAUUUGUUUUCAAGCUGCUUGCCAUACAAAUGAUUCGUCCUGGUACUUAAGCACUGUUUGCAACCGACUGUUGCACCUUCCCUGGAUGGAUUAGGGCUCUGAAUUGGUUACUAUCAUGUCGGCAUGGGUUUGAAAAUUGGAUAUAAUGGAAAUGAAGUUGGAGAGGAGCAUCUUGAAAUCACAAGGGAAAGUUUUCCUGUAGUUGAAGAUUUGUAUCAUCUCGGCGAUGUGAGGGACUUGUUCGGGACUCUCCACAAAUUCCUACAGAUCUUUUUCCAAGGCCAGAGAGGAUUUUGUAAAUUGUGCCAUCAUUUAUAUUUCUUCUUUUGGUUGCCUAAGUUCCAUGCAACAUUGCAUGAAACUUGAGGGUUUUGCACCCCGUGGCAAUAAUUGUAUCAGGUUCAACGUUUGAUCGAUGAAGGCUGUGUUAGAAGGGAACUUCUCAUCAUUUUUUCCAAUGAACGAAUACCAUACAUCCAGUUCCGCUGGUCAAUAUUCUUCACUAUCUGCUGUGCAGAUAACCCCGAAGGUAAAAGUUUGCAGCGAUUGGUCAGUCCUAUCUUCUCAAGGAAUCGGACAAUGUUCUUCUGCCCAAGAUUCGAGCGAAAUGGUGGCUGCGGCAUCUGGCUGCACGUGAAAUGCCAAUUCAAGAUAUUAUCAUGCAGUCCUGUGGAAUUUGAGUUGUUUGGCCUAUGGUGAUGGACAAAAGAGAGGUGGUGGUUUUGUGAAGGUGGUGAAUGCUCUUCACCGCACCUUUCCCCCUUGUUGCCAUCGAAAGGUGGCAUUUUUCGGGUCGCCUCUGAGUGGGGAGAUUGAGUGUUGUGUGCGACUAAUAAUCUCUGUACAAAACUGCGAUGCAUACUUUGCUUAGCAUGGGGCGGCACGCGGGACAUCUGUAGUCAUAUCGCGCCCGAAUGAGUAGGAACACGAGGAAGGCGUCAUCGGUAGCAAACUAGACUGUUUUUAUCUUCGUUUGUGUUCCUUAAUAUACACGACACUUAUACGAUGGAGAUUGUCGUUGUCCUUGAUCAGAAUGCGGACAAGAUCAAUUGAAAACGCUCGAAA